UACGUGCUACUUACAUCCGGUUCUCCGGAGAGCUUUCUGAACAUGGGGAGUCUAAAUGCUUAUAAUAACCAAUUAUACGUGGUAAAUAUUAUUAUAUUUAAUCUCUAUUAAGUCUCCGGCUCUAUACAGUUGUAAGAUGUAAAAGUCUGCGAACUACGUGGCUGUCCAAACUUGAACUGUAGUGAUGUGACUCUAUUUCCCCUCAGUGAAAAUGGCAGGAGUGGUGGGAAUGAGAGCUCUUUUCACCCUCUAUCAAUCAGUGAAGCUGCCGUGUGGUUUUUGGCUCAUACCACCAUACUUAACAUCAAGGCUUUGCAGUACUACUACAAAAAACAAUGAGACAAAACCCCCUAUGAACCUAGAGAAUGAAUCCCUUCUUGAGAACCUAAAUCUCAUGGGGGUUGAUGUGAAGAUGGUACGCCAGCGUCAGCCUGGGGUGCUGCGCAAAGUCAUCACCAAUGAACAUGGCCUUUCUCUGUUUCUGCAAAGGAAAGGUGCGGACAGUAAAGUGAUAGCUAGCAUCAUAUCGCGUUACCCCCGAGCUAUUACUCGCUCAGCGGAACACUUGGAGCAGCGCUGGGAGCUGUUGAGAAACAUCUUUCAGACAGAUUCAGAAAUUGUGAGCAUUAUGGAUCGCUCGCCUGAGUCCUUCUUUCGCUCCAGUGAUAAUGAGAACUUGGAGAAAAACAUCACCUUCCUGACCUCACUGAGACUAAAGACCAAAGACCUCCACCGUAUGUUGACCAAAGCACCACGGACAUUCGCCAACAGUUUAGGGCUCAACAAGAAAAUGGUGGAGUUUCUGGAAGGCAUCUGUGUAGAACUCGGAGGGAAGGAUCCACAGGCGUUUGCUAAAACUGUCAUAUCAAGGAACGUCUACAUUCUCAUCAGUAGCACUAAGAAAGUAAAGAAGAACGUAGACUAUCUUAAAGCUUCUCUCAGGUUGAGUGAUGCUGAACUACUUGCCCUUCUUCAGGGUUCUGGAGCAGAAAUCCUGGACCUGUCCAAUGAGUAUCUGAAAAAGAAUUUCAACAACCUCCACCAAAAGAUGGUUUCACUGGGCUGUCGGAAAACUGAUGUUAAAAAUCUGAUUCUCAAGUUUCCAAUGGUUUUGUACCUUGGUCGAGAGAAACUAAACACUAAGCUGGAAUGUCUCCUAAAGGGAGGAAUAAAAAUUAAACAGGUAGUAGAGAAGCCCAAGGUUUUAGACUUCAGCACACAGAACAUCGCUGAGCGACUAAAGGAGCUGCAGAAAGUGGGAUAUGACUUUGAGAAAAAUGGCAUCAACAUCUUUGACAGCAGUAAAAAGCGGUUUGUUGCUAGGAUCAAAAAACUUACUUCCCAAUCAAAUGACUGAAUGUAGUUGAUGUGAGAACGUGCUAGAGGCUGUUGUCAAACUUUAUUCAGUUGUGCUUAACGCUCUUUAGUCACAAAGAUGCAACUACUAAUAUUUCAAUAAAAUCUAUUUUUGCAGCUGUAAUUUGCAAUGAUUUUGUUACUGCAAAUGCAGAAGUGUAAUUCCUUUAUGUUCAAACAUUUGUCAUUCACUCUAAAUAAAUAUGACUAUUGC